AUGUCUUCGGUCAAGCGAGCUCGCUGCGAUGAGGCGGAGUCGAGUAUCAUUGGUGGUCAUGAAACUGCGAGAUCGAGAUUGUUGAAGCCGUUGGUGUACUCUGGUUCACUGGACAGCUUCAAGCACCAAGACUCAACUCCGGUCAUCGGCAGAGAAUAUGAAGGCCUCCAAGUGAGGGAUCUCUUGAAGUGGGGUGACGAGAUGAUCAGGGACCUGGCUAUCACGAUCUCGCAGCGUGGUGUCGUCUUUCUCCGCGACCAAGAUGUAACGCCAAACGAGAUGAAAGAGCUCAUGCUCCGAAUCACCGAGCUUUCUGGAUGCCCUGGAUCAUCCGGACUCCACGUCCACCCCCUGACCGAAGAAGGCUCCGAACUAGGCGACCAGAUCUCCGUCAUUAGCAGCGAAAAGCAGAAGAAAGGCGGAGGCCUCACCCACCAGCUCUCCGACGUCAGCCGCUUUGCAUCGGCUGGAUGGCACACUGAUAUCUCAUUUGAGCCUGUGCCGUCCGACUAUGCGAUGCUGAAGAUCCACACACUCCCUGCCACAGGAGGUGACACGCUCUGGGCAUCCGGAUACGAAAUCUACGAUCGCUUGUCGCCCGCUAUCCGGACGUUGCUCGAAGGCCUAACGGCGACGCACGACGCGAAGUUCUUCCUGGAAGAAGCGGAGAGGCUAGGGAACCCGAUCCGAAAGACAAUCCGAGGGAAUCCGUUGAACUUUGGAGAGGCCUUGACAGCCGUUCACCCCGUGAUUCGAACGAACCCGGUAACCGGAUGGAAAUCCGUAUACGUAAACAAAGGCUUCACCAAGCGCAUCAACGGCGUGACGAAAGACGAGUCGGACCUCCUCCUCGGCUACCUCUUCAACAUCCUAACGCAGAACCACGACGCACAGGUGCGUUUCAAGUGGCGGCCGAACGACCUUGCCAUCUGGGACAACCGGAGUAUGUGGCAUUGUGCGACGUACGACUACAGCGACCCGAGGGCGGGUGAUCGUGUCUGCAGUCUGGGAGAGGCGCCGUAUCUGGACUUGAACAGCAGGAGCCGUAGGGAGGAUCUGGAGUCGAGAGAGAAUGUGCAGGCGGGCCUUGCUAUGGCAUAG